AUGCUAUUAGCUAGCAAAAGUUCGCAGGAUUCCAACACUCCUGCUUCUAAUUUGGUCAGGAAACCAGGUGAAUCUACGGAUUUGAUUACCCCCGCCCCAAAUGUUGUGCCCCAUUUUGGCAAUAAUAUGGUCCAAGAAGGCAUUCAACUGUCGGCUCAGCCCAUCGUUACUGAUCUACCAAUUAAAAGGAAAGCUUCACUCACCCGCUUUUUGGAGAAGAGAAAAGAUAGGAUCAACUCAAAAGCACCAUACCAAAUAAGCGAUUCGACUGCUGUUCCUUUGUCUAAGCCGGCUGAAAGAAGGUCAUGGAUUGGCUUAGCUGCUCAAUCGCCUCUGCAUGUUCAGCCCCAUUUUUAG